AGCCGAUGCUUUGAAGAGAAGCCGGGGAUGGGCCGCGAAAGGGGGAGGGCUUCUGAAUUGACUCGAAGAGAGCACAGGCUGUGCGCCAGGCUUCAGUGUUGCUAGAAUCAGUAAAGCGUGAAUGUGCUCAUUUCAGACACAAAUCCGUCAUCGACCGCAACUUGGAGUUGACAUAUCCAUCGAGCAGUUUUGCGGUCGGUCGACCCGGUGCAGAGCUGGCUGCCGGUCGGGCUUCAGCAUUCUCGCUGUUCGCCGGGAAGUCUAGAGCGAUUCAGCCCAUGGUGUCGCCUAGGUCCAAAGCACUUUCAUUUGGCCAAAAUUACCUGCCGGGGAACCCCGGUGACACAUUGACCAAGUUCAUACAGAGGUCUUCGCCGCUUCAUAGAUCUCGUGCCUGGAUAUUUGGUUCGAUAUGGUGGCAUUUGAAGCCUGGCAACCAGUGGUUCCCAGAAGUCCGAGCCCAAGGUCCCAAGCAAUUCUCCCGUGGAAGUCCACUCCAGGCGCUGGCGAUAUCCAGGAGUAUGGUGCGCGAGGAAUUCGCCUGUUGGCCUCUGCUUGUCAAGGAAACGCACGCGAAAUCUUCUGCCAGCGGCCUAUCUCAAGAGGGAAAUUGUUUAGAGAAUGUCGGGUCCAGAUGCAGCGCGUGCUGGAAUAUGCGGAGGCAGAGGAAGCCAAGGUUGGUUCUGACAGUUUCACGAAUGCUCUUUAGGUGUGCAGAAGAGCAUGCGUGUCUCUUGAGAAUAGAAUGGAAGCAAGCUCCCGCAAGCGAACGCCCACGUCACCAGGAAGCUCGUCCAACUUGCCGCACAUGAUGACAACGGAGCUGCGCGCCCAAGGUCGAUCCAUUCAUUCUCCCCGAUCACUUGUCCUCGUAACGUGGAGCAGCCAGCCAGCGAAGGCUGGUCGCACAGCAUGCUGCAUUCCUGCAAGAGAGGGUGUCCUGCCACAAAAGUUCAGGGUGGACGACGGAACGACUGACAAUUUAUGAGGACGGCGAGCAAGCGACGACCGUG